AACAAAUUAACCUGAAGGGCAGGGGUGGUUGGGUGCUGCUUUUAUGCCUUGCUUGUGCAACUGCAAGAUUGCCAGAUUUAUGUUUUCAUCGUACAAGUCUCUGGAAAGCCUUGUCAGUAAUUUGUUUUGAUGCAUUCAGAUGUUGUGAAACCUUUGUACUGUAUUUAUUUGAAAAUCAUACUAAAGUCUUUAAAUUGAAUUGGUAUCCCUUGAGUAUUUUUGUAAACUGCAUGCAAUAAAUGGUGUAAAUUAUUUUAAUGUUUUGAAACCUGCUGGCUUUUUUCAGGUGAAAUUUUGAAUAAAAUAAAAUAAACUCAAAAGGCCUGAAACUUUUUUGAGCCACUUGGCUAACCCUGAGCCCACUUACUCGUGUUGCUCAUCAUUCUAAACCAGCCUUGUACUUGGUAACUGUUGCAGUACUGCAUUCAAUAAAGUCAAAUCAUCUUUCAGACUUCUGCAGAAUAUGUAACAGAUUAAUUUAAUUUGUCAUUGAUCAAGUGAAUAAAAAUUAAUUGAAAAUGGAACAGGUUUGCCUGUCAGGUGUCAGAAAUGCGGAUGUUUUAUGAUGUAAUAAGUGACCAAAGGUGGUUUCAAAACCAGUAGAACUGGAAAGUUGAAAGAUCUUAGAGGAAAAGCUGUCCUAGGACCUGAGCAUUGACACUUAGUUGCUCAACAGCCAUAACCAUGGAGUUCUUUGAGCGUUACCUUUUGAUUAUAAUAGGGAUACUGCAUUCCUGUGAGGCAACUACUGAACCUCCCGUGAUUCCUUUGCCUAUGACUACCACACAGACCACCAGCGAUGCCACAUCACCUUCUGGUGGUUUUCAAAUACCAGACUCAACGUCUGAAGCAACUACUGAACCUCCCGUGAUUCCUUUGCCUAUGACUACCACACAGACCACCAGCGAUGGCACAUCACCUUCUGGUGGCUUUCAACUAUCAAACUCAACAUCUGAAGCAGCCAACAUCACUUCUGCACCCACCGUGACUCUCCCUGAGGGAUCGACAUGGCAAUCAGACAACACCACCACUUCUUCUACAGCAAGUACCACACGAACCACCAGCGAUGCCACACCACCUUCUGGUGGCUUUCGUAUAUCAAACUCAACAUCUGAAGCUCCAAGAAUGACCAGCGCUGCAACCACCUACUCACCAGAUACCCGACCUGUAAGAGUUUUCUUAAAUGCUCAUAUUUUAUCAAGUUAUAAUGAGGAUGAAGUUUUUAAGGCUUUUUCUGAUUAUGUAUCCCGGGUGCUCCAGCAGAGCUGCAGAGGCUGCACCGUGUCACUCGGGCUCAUCCGUACCCCUUAACAAGUGCCUACUCUCAGCCACAGACUGCACCAGCUGUGGUGCGUCAAGCUGCAAAACAAUCUGUCAAAUCUAAACUUUAAAUCAUCACUUGGUGAAGACACAAAAAUUGUAUCAGUCAAGUGGUCUUUGUAGUUUGGCUUUUUGUAAAACCAGUAAUGCAAAUCAGAGUCGCCAGUCACAAACCUUCUAGCUAGUUUUACGUCCUCUGAAAAAUGGCAAAUAAAACAUGUUUUAUAUUGAGAUGAAGCACAAGCCAUUAAAAUACAGUUUAUUGGUAGGUGUUGAGUAAACAAAUGUACAGGGUUCAGUAAAAAUGUGUCUAACUGUGUUGUUUUCUUUUAGUUUUUCAUUAUCUCUGUUUCUUUUGUGGGUACUGGUAAAAAUAUUUUAUUUUUGUGUUAAUGUUUUCAAAUCCUCAGUUUUACAUAUUUGAUUUUGUUCUGUAUUUUUCAGCUUCCUGUGAUCAAGUUGCUUUCUUUAUGGUUUUUGGUUAAGUUGCCGAGCAAAAUCCAUUUGCUUCAGCAAAUGAAGGUCUAGAUUCCAGGCUAGAAAAUGCAUGAAGCCAAAAACUGCUUUGGGUGUGUUUAUUCAUGAGGACAUAACAAUAAAACAUGGUCCAAAGCUC